AUGACAAAAAAGGGUACAAACGAAAAAGAUGAUUCGUUUAGUACCUUUUUUUACAAUACGGGCAAUAGAUAUGUACCACGUGCAAUAUUCGUGGAUUUGGAACCAAGUGUUAUCGAUGUGAUUAGAACUGGUCCAUUCAAAAAACUCUAUCAUCCCGAACAAUUAAUAACGGAUAAAGAAGAUGCAGCUAAUAAUUAUGCACGAGGACACUAUACUGUUGGUAAACAAAUCAUUGAUUUAGUUCUUGAUCGUUUGAGAAAACUAUCAGAUCAAUGUGGUACUGGCUCUGGUUUCACAUCGUUACUCAUGGAACGUUUAAGUGUUGAUUAUGGAAAAAAAUCAAAACUUGAAUUUGCUGUUUAUCCAGCGCCACAAAUAUCAACAGCUGUUGUUGAACCGUACAAUUCAAUACUGACUACACAUACAACAUUGGAACAUUCAGAUUGUGCAUUUAUGGUUGAUAAUGAAGCUGUCUAUGAUAUUUGUCGACGAAAUUUAGAUAUUGAACGACCAUCGUAUACAAAUUUAAAUCGUUUAAUUGCACAAAUUGUCAGUUCCAUAACAGCAUCGUUACGGUUUGAAGGAGCAUUAAAUGUCGAUUUAAAUGAAUUUCAAACAAAUCUUGUACCCUAUCCACGUAUUCACUUUCCAUUAGCAACAUAUGCACCAAUUAUUUCGGCCGAAAAAGCAAUGCAUGAACAAAUUAGUGUCGGUGAAAUAACAAAUGCUGUCUUCGAUCCAGCAAGUCAAAUGGUGAAAUGUGAUCCUAGACAUGGAAAAUAUAUGGCAUGCUGUCUGUUAUAUAGAGGUGAUGUGGUACCACAAGAUGUCAAUAGAGCAGUGGCAACUAUCAAAACGAAACGUUCUAUUCAGUUUGUUGACUGGUGUCCAACAGGUUUUAAAGUUGGCAUUAAUUAUCAACCGAUGAGCGUUGUUCCCGGAUCUGAUAUGGCACAAGUGCCUAGAGCUGUAUGCAUGUUAUCCAAUACGACAGCCAUUGCCGAAGCAUGGGCACGUCUUGAUCACAAAUUUGAUUUACUAUAUGCAAAACGUGCUUUCGUUCAUUGGUAUGUCGGUGAAGGUAUGGAGGAAGGUGAAUUUAGUGAAGCGCGUGAAGAUUUAGCUGCUCUAGAAAAAGAUUAUGAAGAAGUUGGCGUGGAUUCUGUUGAACUCGAUAAAACAGACGAAUAUUAA